AUGAUUCUUCGAACAUUAGAUAUGGGAAGAAAUGGGCUAUUGGGGUUGGUUGUGGUAUUGCUUUUUUACACCGGCGCGGCGACAGAUAACCUAGUGUUUAACGUUCAGCACCGGUACGGUGGCCGUGGGAAAGCCAAUCGAUCAACAUUGAAGGCGUUCAAACUUCACGAUGCACGACGCCACCAAAGAAAACUCGCCGCCCUAGAUCUCCCUUUGGGCGGAGAUGGCAAAGUCACCGGGUCCGGCCUAUAUUACACCAAACUUUCAAUUGGAACUCCGGCGAAAGAUUUCCAUGUUCAGGUGGAUACAGGAAGCGACAUUUUAUGGGUGAAUUGCGUAGAUUGUGUAGAAUGUCCGAAGAAAAGCGAUCUCGGAUUGGAGUUAAGCCUGUAUGACAUGAAGGCCUCCAGCACGGGAAAACAGGUGACUUGCGAUCAAGAAAUCUGCAAUGCGAUUUACAACACGGAAGCCUCUGCUUGCAAAGCAAAGCCCUGUGAUUAUUCCAUAAGUUAUGCUGAUGGAAGCACAAUGACAGGGUUCUUCGUCACCGAUUCCGUCCAAUUCAAUCAGGUCUCCGGAAACCUUCAAACCAAUUCGACAACCGGGGACGUUUCAUUUGGUUGCUCGCAGAAACAAUCCGGAACAUCGGGUACCGCCACGGACAGGGUGAGCGGAAUAGUUGGUUUUGGUCAAGGGAAUGCUUCCAUCAUCUCUCAACUAGCUAAAUCCGGGAAAGUUAAGAAAACAUUUUCGCAUUGUUUGGAUAACAUCAAUGGAGGCGGGAUAUUCGCCAUCGGACAAGUCAUGGAUCCGAAAUUCAACACCACGCCGUUGCUGGAUGACAUUUCACAUUACAAUGUCAUUAUGGAGAAAGCCGAAGUAGAGGGCGACGUGUUCGAUCUCCCAACUCAGAGUUUCUUCGACUUGGGAAGGAAAACAGUGAUUGACAGCGGCGCAACAUUGGCGCAUAUACCAGGCGACAUCUAUGACUUGAUCAUGACCAAGGUGACUGCCCGCCAGGCGAAUUUGAAGACUCAUAUAGUUGAUCCUGAGCUGAAAUGCUUCUUCUUCAAUGGCAAGAUUGAAGAUGGCUUCCCACCUAUAACUUUCCAUUUCGACAAUUCUCUCGCCAUGGAAGUUUCUCCUCGCGAAUAUCUCCUCCAUCUUCGCGACAAUGAAUGGUGUUUCGGGUUUCAGAGGGGUGGAAUGCAGACAGAUGAUGGAGAGGAUUUGAUCUUGCUUGGUGAUGUCAUGUUAUCAAACAAGCUUGUCGUGUAUGACCUUGAAAAUCAAACCAUUGGAUGGACAACAUACAAUUGCUCUUCCAGCAUCAAAGUGAAAGACCAAAUUUCAGGAAAUGUGAAUUCUGUAAACACCCAUGACAUUUCCUCUUCUGCUUACAAGUUCAAGGACACAGGACCAAACUUCUUGACAGCACUGUUGCUGUUAAUGGCCACACUGGCUAUGUAA